AGAUGGAGUCAGUUGUACCAGUGAAGGACAAGAAACUUCUGGAGGUCAAACUAGGGGAGCUGCCAAGCCGGAUCUUGAUGUGGGACUUCAGCCCUAGUGGCCUUGAUGGAGCGUUUCAAAGAGGUUACUACUGGUACUACUGGUACUUCAACGUGAAGAAGGGGAGCAUCUCGGGGUUUACCAUGGUGCUGGCAGGGUACAUGCUCUUCACCUACUGCCUUUCCUACAAGGAGCUCAAGCACGAGCGGCUACGCAAGUACCACUGAAGAAGACACGCUCUGCAUU